UGACAAGGUAGGAGUUGAGGAGGCGACCAGGGGGGAGUUAGUAAAGAAGAAAAACCCCAAGAGAAGUUAUUGAAGGAUGCCAUGAAGCGAGCGAUGCCAGACAAAGUCGAAGGUUCUAAGAAAGAACCUGAGAGACCGGCCGAGAAGAAAGAAGAACCCACCAAGAAAGAGGAACCAGUCAAAAAAGCGGAGAAGCCGAAAAAGAAAGAAAAGGUCAGAAUGAAAUUGUCGUUUACAUAUAACAACAAGAAGGAUGAAAACUGGUUGUUACGGAUCGCCGAGAUACAGACUUACUGUAGCACCGCACCUGUUGAGCCUCAGAGUCAGGUCGCUUUCUCCACGUCUUGUCUGGGAGGAGUGGCCAAGGAAUGGGUGUUGGCCGAAGCCAAUGCUUCUGGUUUUGAGGAUAUCGGUGAGUGGGCUAAGACCCUUGAUCUCAAGCAGUUUCUCCAAAAGAUCAAGGAGAGAUUUCUUGACAAGACGACGACCGAUAAGGACUUCGACGAACUCAUCACAAUCGGCCAGAAACGUUGGACUUCAGUAGAUGCGUUGUCACGUGAAGUUGACCGUCUUUUGCAAGUACAUGGGUUGAAUCUACAGGACAACCAGGUUCUGUAUAUAUACUCACGUGCACUGUCCGAGCCCAUUCGCGGACAGCUCGUGGCAGAAGCCAAGUAUGGUAAGUUUAACUAUCGACAGUUUCAAGAUCUCGCCCUCCAACUAGAGCAAAUGAUCGCACAGGUAAAGGGGUCUUACGCUUCGGUGGUAAAGUCAGGACCGGUUGGUGGUUAUGGCAAAUGGGUCCUUUGGCGGCAAAAGCUCCAGGACCACAUGCUUGAAGUAUUUGAUGAUGAUACGGUAGAAAAGUUACCUCUUGAUGAGUCCGCGGGAGGAGGAGAUAACGGUAGCAGUGAAUUUGGGAAGGGUGAUGUCACUGCCGUGAUGGCUAACAAGGGAGGCCAAGGCCAAUGGAAGAAGAAGAGGAGGCCACACUCGUUCCCCAAGCAUCCCGACAUUGCAUUCGGGAGACCUUGGGAGAAAAUGGACAUGACACGAGAGGAGUGGCAGUCCAAAAUGGACAAUCGCCAAUGCUUCAAGUGUGGCACCGUGGGGCACGUGAUAGCUUGGUGCCCGCUUAUUCGUAACCUAAAAGCGAGCAGCCAGUAGGACUAGCAUCUGCUCCUACUGAGUUGAAGGGAUUAGACGAAGACAAAGGUAAGGCGCCUAUAAACUCU